AUGGAGAACCUCCUACCGAGCAAGUUUUGGUCAGACAAUAUUAUAUGCUCGAGAGGCCGAAGCAAUCCUUGUCACUCAGAAACAGAUACCUUACUGCAAGGUGAAGAGCUGAAGAACUGGGACUAUUUGAUUUCGUCAAAUAAGGUCUUUACUUUGAAGUUCUUUGGGUUUGGAAGUACCAUAAGCCCUUAUUUAGGAAUAUUCUACAGCCCCCAUGGUUCUGGAAAAAGGAAAAUCCUUAGAUUAGAGAUAUACAACCACCGCUUAGGAAUGAUUGAUUAUGCUAGAGAUGGGUCCGGAAAUUUGCAGAAAGAAGAUAAGGCAGUUUGGGUAGCAAACAGAAACAAUCCGAGCAAAGAUGUAUACGGAAAGCUCACGAUAGAUAUCCACGGAAAGCUGAGCAUUUUAUCAGGUGGAGGCACUGUGGUUGAUCUCUUCAGUCCUACUCCAGUAGUAACACGCAAGGCAAGUGCCACCCUGUUGGAUACUGGAAACUUGGUACUUCAGGAACUGCAUCUAGAUGGGUCAGUUAAGCGGGUUUUAUGGCAAAGCUUUGAUUACCCAACAGACACCCUUCUUCCUGGGAUGAAACUGGGGAUUAAUCUCAAGACCGGGCAUCGAUGGUCACUCACUUCUUGGAGGAACGAAGCUCUACCAGCGGAUGGGUCUUUCACAUUAAAAGCAGACCCAAAUGGCACAGGUCAAAUGGUCAUCCUGAGGCGAGGGAACAUCCACUGGAGGAGUGGAUCAUGGCUGAUCAAUGCUGGAUUCGAGAACACAGAUCUACAGAAUUCGGGUCCUGAUGUUCGCCUUUACUAUAUUUCUAAUGAGACCGAGCAAUCCUUCACAUAUUUAACUAGAACGUAUGAUUCAACCCCAGCUCUGAUGAUGGGUUUAAACGGCCAGCUUAUGGGUUCAACUCUGCAGUUAGAUGUCCAAUGCCGCUCAAUCAAGGACAAUGGUUCUGAAAAGGAGAAGAAGUGGGUCCGGAUUUGGUCGAUCAUCGCGAUUGCAUCUUUAGUUUCAUUCCUAUCAUGCUACUUCUUAUACAAGAAGCUAAAUAUUAACGGGAAAGCUGUUAAAUAUGUCAUGUUGGUUGUUUUUUUGGAAGUGAAGAAAAUCCUAAAGCUGUUGCUGCAUCGUCUGAGGCACUUCUACAAUUACAUACGAGCAGAUAACAAGGUGAAUGCUGAGCUGCAUUACUUCACAUUUCAAAGCAUCUCAUCUGCCACAAACAAUUUCUCAAGCGCAAAUAAGUUAGGGGAGGGGGGUUUUGGAGCAGUUUAUAAGGGAAAAUUAGUUGAUGGGCAAGAGGUUGCUGUAAAACGGCUUUCAAGAAGCUCUGAACAAGGAGUCAAGGAGUUUAAGAAUGAAACCGAACUCAUAGCCAAACUUCAACACACUAAUCUUGUCAGGCUUAUAGGGUGUUGCAUUGAGAAGAAAGAGAAAAUCCUUGUAUAUGAGUACAUGCCUAAUAAAAGCUUGGAUUCCUUUCUAUUUGAUCCUAGGAAGAAAGGACUACUGGAUUGGAAUACCCGGUUUGUAAUCAUUGACGGCAUUGCUCAGGGACUCCUAUAUCUCCAUAGGUUUUCAAGGCUGAGGGUUAUCCAUAGAGAUCUGAAAGCUAGUAAUAUCUUGCUAGAUGACUACCUGAAGCCAAAAAUUUCAGAUUUUGGUAUGGCUAAGUUAUUUGGGAUCGAUGAGUCUGAAGCAAAUACAAGUCGAGUCGUUGGAACUCGUGGUUAUAUGCCGCCAGAGUAUAUGUUAGAAGGCUCUGUUUCAACAAAAACAGAUGUGUUUGGUUUUGGUGUUUUGUUGCUUGAAAUUGUAAGUAGCAAAAUGAAUCACGGGAGCACCCAACAUGAUCCGGAACACCCACUCAACCUUCUUGGACACGCAUGGGAACUAUGGAAUGAAGCAGGAAGAGGUUUGGAGUUGAUGGAUCCGGUAUUAGAAGAUUCAUGCACUCCCAAGGAAGUAAUGACAUGCAUUCAUGUGGGUCUCCUCUGUGUUCAAGAUCAUGCCAUCGACAGACCUACCAUGUCAGAAGUUAUUUCUAUGCUCACAAAUGAAAAUAUGCAUCUACCUGAGCCAAAACGACCAGCUUUCUUCAUUGAGAGGCAUGACCCAGAUUUGGCAAAAGAUAAUAAUUUGGAAAAUGGCUCCGUGAAUGGACAAUCGAUUUCAAUUUUAGUGGCGAGAUAG